AUGGUGGACUUCAAUGUCACCCCCUCAAACCCUUCAACAUUCAUACUUACAGGCAUCCCUGGCCUGGAAGAUGCCCACGUCUGGAUUUCCAUCCCAAUAUCUAUAUUCUACAUUAUCACCCUGUUGGGAAAUUUCACAGUUCUCUUUGUUGUAGGCAAAGAGCAGACUCUGCACAAGCCGAUGUUCCUGCUGCUCUGCAUGCUGGCGCUCACCGAUAUUGGCGUGUCUACCUCCAUCGUACCAAAAGCCCUGUGUAUUUUUUGGUUCAAAUUAAAAGACAUUUCUGUGGAUGGCUGCCUCACCCAGAUGUUCUUCUUUCAUGUGGUUUCCAUUAUGCACUCAGCCAUCCUUGUGACAAUGGCCUUUGAUCGCUACGUGGCCAUAUGUAAUCCUCUCAGAUACACCACCAUCCUCAGCAAUGCACGAAUAGCUAAGCUAGGGCUGGUGGGUUUGGUAAGAGCUGUUCUCUUCAUUCUGCCCCUGCCCUUUCUCCUAAGAAGGCUUCCAUUCUGUGCCAGCCGCAUAAUCCCCCACACGUACUGUGACCACAUGGCUGUGGCAAAGAUGUUGUGUGGGGAUAUCACAGUGAAUAAGAUAUAUGGAUUGUUAAUGGCAUUUGCAGUCAUGGGUUUCGACCUGACACUCAUUGCUCUGUCCUAUGGUCUGAUCCUCAGGGCCGUCCUCAGAAUCUCUUCCAAAAAGGCCCACCAGAAAGCCCUCAACACUUGCACAGCCCACAUAUGUGUGAUCAUGAUGGCUUAUCCCAUUAUGACACACCGGUUUGGUCAAGGUAUCGCUCCUCAUGUUCACAUCAUUUUGGCCAGCCUCUAUUUCCUCCUCCCUCCCAUGCUCAACCCUAUCGUGUAUGGGGUCAAAAACAAAGAGCUUCGUGACAAAGUGGGCAAAUACAUCUUCAGAAUGGGAUCGACUAUUGCCACUGAGUUUAAAUGUGCCUGA